UAAUUUUUUUUUCAGUUAUCAGCAGGAUAUGUGCUUGCUGCUCAGAGCUGUACAUUUUUACUCCCAUCUCUUUGCAAAUAUACAAGUCUCCUUAUCCCAGCUCAGCAUCAUGAAGCCUUAAUUCCACAGUUUUCCCUGCUGAAGAUACUGAGAUAUUCAAGAUGGGCAGCAAUAGUACCAGCACUGCUGAGAGUAAUUGCAAUGUCACUUAUUUGACAUUUCAGUACUCUUUGUAUGCAACCACCUACAUCUUCAUAUUCAUCCCGGGUCUCCUGGCUAACAGUGCAGCCCUGUGGGUUCUGUGCCGCUUCAUCAGCAAGAAGAACAAGGCCAUCAUCUUCAUGAUCAACCUCUCAGUGGCAGACCUUGCUCAUGUCCUGUCCUUACCUCUUCGGAUUUACUAUUAUAUCAAUCGUCACUGGCCAUUCCAGAGGGCCCUUUGCCUGCUGUGCUUCUAUCUGAAGUAUCUCAACAUGUAUGCCAGCAUUGUUUUCUUGACCUGCAUUAGCCUUCAGAGGUGCCUCUUUCUCCUCAAGCCAUUCAGAGCCAGAAACUGGAAGCGUAGGUACGAUGUGGGAAUCAGUGCUGUCAUCUGGAUCGUCGUGGGGACUGCCUGUUUGCCAUUUCCCAUCCUGAGAAGUGCUGGCUUAGCCAAUAACACAGAAUCUUGCUUUGCGGAUCUUGGGUACAAACAAAUGGAUGCAAUGGUUCUGGUCACCAUGGUUACAAUUGCUGAACUUGCUGGAUUUGUGAUUCCAGUUAUCACUAUCGCAUUUUGUACCUGGAAAACAACUAUAUCCUUGAAACACCCACCGAUUGCUUUUCAAGGAAUAGGUGAAAGGAAAAAAGCAUUGCGGAUGGUUUUCAUGUGUGCUGCAGUCUUUGUUAUUUGUUUCACUCCUUAUCACAUUAACUUCAUUUUUUACACCAUGGUAAAGGAAAGCAUCAUUACCAGCUGUCCCAUUGUGAAAAGUACUCUGUAUUUCCAUCCAUUUUCCCUGUGCCUUGCAAGUCUCUGUUGUCUUUUGGACCCAAUUCUGUAUUAUUUCAUGGCUUCAGAGUUUCGUGACCAACUAUCUCGCCAUGGUAGCUCUGUUAUCCGUUCUCGUCUCAUGAGCAGGGAGAGUGGUUCAUCAAUGGUUAGCUAAAAUGAGAUAAUUCUUCAGCUAGAUUCUAAUGUUCUGUAGCCUGGUCCAAAGACAGGAAUUGCCAGGCAAACAACUUCUUUAAUUGAACCUUGGAAAUAGCAGAAAUAAAUUUUAUUGUGUGAUGGUAGUGGUCUCCAUAGAUGAUGGAGGCAUAAUGUGAAAAAUUGUGGGAGUAUAGAGAAAGAUGGGAUCCAUGUACUUCCAAUUUAAAAUUUAUGGCAUUAUAUUAGUUAUAAGUCCCACAUAAAGUUCAAGUUUUUAACAGAUGUUUCCAUCCAAAUAUAAACUGAAUGCACAUAUUUAAAUUUGUCUUCUGUAAAUAGAAUAAUACUGAGAUACAAGAUAUAUAUUAAUCUUUACAGAAAAGUAAAUGUCUUCCAUGAAAUAAUUUUAUUUCUGAAUGGAGUAAAGAUUUCAAGUCUUUCUAAAACAUAAAACACAGGCAAUGUGACACAAAUGUUAAAACAGUGCAUGAAUGAAUUUUAGCAUUGCACUCUUACUACUGAAUGAAGGGCAUUAAAAUCCACUCCUUGGAUGUUUAUAGAUGUCUAUAGUUUUAUAGGUUGGCAGUUUUCUAUAUAUUUUUACAAAGAACAUCUCAUCUUAUUUUUCCAAUACAGGUGACAAUAAAUGUGGAAAUUGCAAAUAGAAAUGAAUAAAUGUAACAGCCGAGAGAUUAAACAACUUGCCUCAGGAUUACUGUUAAGUAUACUGUUAAGUAUGCUUAUACUAUUCCUUCUGCUUAUAUUUUAUACGUAUUUUAUACGUAUUUUAUACAUAUUAGGUCAAUACUAAGUUUGAGUUGAAUACUGAAAACACAAACUGAAGUUAAGCAUAGGAAAUAUAGAUCAUUUUAACACAAUUUUCUUGGGCUCAUCGAAAAAUCCAUAGGUUGGGGAUUAGCAUGAUUCUGGAUAGAGUCUUCUCUGAUAAUAUAUUAUCCUAUUAGUGUAAUCAUCUGUAUAGUCUUGAUGAGAAGAAUCCCAGUAGUUCAUUAUUUCAAAGUCAAUUUUAUAGCUUAAUAUAAGCCAUGCAAAUCUCAUAAAUGGAAAGCUAUGAAACUGAGCUACAUUUUAGAAAAUGUAGGUUUCCUUUUAAGAAUUCUCCUUUUAAAAAAUUCUUACACAUUGCUAUAUGUCACUAAAUAAAAUCUCAAGGGUUUUCAGAUAUCAUAACUCACACAAUUGCACUAGAAAUAGAGAAGUAUUAUCACAUUGUGAAUAGAUAUGAGAGAAAUAUGUGAACUUAUUUUUUCAAGAAAGUUAUAAAUACUAUUUUAAGUAUUCAUAUAGUUGAUACAAAUACAAUAGACCCCUCAGCUUCUCAGGUUGACAAUUCACUGGUAUUUUAAGUCUGAAAUUAACAGAGGAUAGACAUUUGGUGUGUAGGCAAGAAAAGGAAGUGGUAGUCCUUAGAACAUGAAUUUGUGUAGACUAAGCAAGAGGAAGAGACCACCAAAAUGAGGAAUUAAAAAGAACAUUUCUUGGUUUUGGGGUAUGAGAUAGUUCUGUAAUUAUAAUGUAAUAAAAUGUUUUUUUUAAAUUGGAA